AUGACGUCGCGCCACACCGGAUCAGAACACAGCACCGGGCCUUGUGCAUCCAUCCCUCCCCUCAUCCCUCUCUCUGGCAGCAGCAGCAGCGGCGGCGGCGGCAGCAGCAUCAGCACCGCUGCCUCCUCCUCCUCCACCUCUGCUGCUCCCGCUGCUGGAUCCUCCGUCUCCUGCCGGGAUCUGCCUCCUCCUUCUCCUCAGGGAGCUCUUCCUGGAACUGGGCGGGGGGGGAGGGAGAUCACCACCUCCCAGCUUGCCGCGGACCCUCAGCAAGGCACCAGGAGAAGGGAAGGAAGGAAGAAAGGAAAGAAGGAUGGAAGGGAGGGAAUUGUAGAAGAGGUGCAUGAGGAGAGGCAACACCCUGGGUUAGAGGAGAGGAGGAGCGAGGAUCUCAUUACACCCAGAUCGGGCCGAGCAGCAGCAGGGAGGUGGAUGUCGGCGACGGACGCGGACCUCCAGGAGACGGGGGCGGCGCCGCCAGGCCCUGGCCCAGAGGAGCCAUUGAUGGAGCGUCGCCUCACGCUGCAGCGAGGCGUCUUCAAUCAAUGCCACUGCCCCCCCCUCUCUAUCUGUGUGUGUGUGUGUCUGCCACUGGAGCCUGAAGGGAGGCUGCUGAUGGUGGCGGCGAUGGCCACGGUGGUGAUGUUGGUGGCGAUGAUGAUGGUGAUGGUGAUGAUGAUGAUGCGAUGGCAGUGGCGCUGCUCACGUGAUUUCUGGCUUAGCCGCCCCCGCCCCUCCCCCCUGUGUUUACUGAAAGACUCUCUUCGGUGACGGGUAUUCUUGGGUGGAUAAUACGGAUCACGUUGUUAUUGCUUAAGAAUACGCGUAGUCGAGGAGAGUCCUCUCUUCGCCCAACAUCAGCAACACCCCCCGGCCCCCGACACCCACCCACCUCACCUCACCUCACCCCGACUACCCACCCACCCCCGGAGGACUGUCAGGUUGGAUGGAGCCACACCUCCACCCUUCCAAAAAGAGAACCCGUCUCUUCUUUGAUCUGCACUGCGAUGUAUCUGAUUAUUUUCCUGCCCACUUCCUGUCUGUCGAGCCACGGUCUGAGGUCCAGAGCGUCCUCACGUCUGUCCCGCUGUGCGUCUGUCAGUCUGUCUCUGUCUCCAUGGCGUUGGACAGUGUUUCUGUGUGUGUGUGUGUGUGUGUGUCUGGACUGGCUCAUUGUCUCUUAUGUAACUGCUCUGUUCCUCACACCAACACGUACGUUUACAUCACCAGGGUCACGUCUAAUUAUUGAUCUGGAGAUACACGCCGUCAAUACUGACUUAAACCCUUUAACAUGCUGCGGCCUGGACGUGUGCUGGGGGGGGGGGGCGCUAUAACACUAUUUUAAAGCUUGCAAUGUAAACCACAAACCAGAGCGUAGACGCAGCCUCAGAAACAACAAUGCGUGAGCAGGAUUUGAAGCUGCUGCACGGCCCCAGGAUAAUAAAGAGCAAGUGGCCCCCGUUAAAACCCUCGUGCUGCCCCCACUGGCCCCCAGGUUCUCCGGGUGGAGCUGCGAUUACACACAAAUAAUUUAGGAACAUGCAACAACUGAAAUAUGAAAGUCUCGAAGCUGAAUCAGGAUCAGGAUCAGGACCCUCAUCAGGUCAGGUGAUCCCGCUCUAACAUGGCGCCUGGUCUGUUUGAGGGUGAAGCUCUGAGGCCUCACACCAGACACCUGCAGGAUGGAAAACAUUUUGUCCUUUUGUAAAAUCUGGUAAAAGAUUAUUUUGACUAAUUUUGCUGCAAAUUCAUUUGAUUAAUUUCCUCGAUUAUUUAUAAAUGAAUUUAUCAUUUUUCUACAGAAGAAAAUUCAUUUCAUUUGACCAGCAGCUGAAACCACAGAGAUAUUCAGCCCGACAGUAACUGUUCUUUUUACUAUCAAAUAAUCUGCUAAUUAUUCUCUUAAUUAGCCAAUUAGUGGACUGGUGUUCAGUCCAAUGAGAUGUGAAUAUUUCCAGUUUACAAACUGGGGCCACAGAACCUUUGUGUUAUUUGUGCUGAAUUAAUGAUUUAAAUGAGUAAUUGAUUUACUGAUUAAUUUUCUUUCAGUAAAAAAAAAAAAAAAAAAAAGAUUAAUUGACUAAUUAAUCUUGACUGUAAUCAAAGCGUUCUUGAACAGGAAGCAUUUGAUUUUUUUGGUGUUUUAUUUUUGGGCCUGAAAAUCAGAUACAGGCCGUUCAGUUAAAUCUGACUGGGACAGUUGUGGUCCUGCAGGGUCCUGCAGAGUCCUGCAGGGUCCUGCAGAGUCCUGCAGAGUCCUGCAGAGACCUUCAAGGU